GCCGCUUUGUUGACAUCACGGAUCCGCCGACGUCUGGAGGGGCAGUCGCGGCGGGUUCGGCGGACACGGCCACCGGGAGAGAAUGUAGGAACACACGCUUGAAGGUUCAGGGAGACAGCGACGAGUCCAGCACCAGCACGCCAAGCCUUCAGUCAUGGUGAACUUCUCCAGGUGGCGGCGAGAGCGACGCUGCUGGCUGGUGACCGCGGCCUGAGCCACCGCCUGUCGGGGAGCCACUUGACGGAGGAGCCAGGAGACGACAACAGCCGGGACACAGACAGUCUAACACAGCCACAUACACGCUACCGGAGCAACAGUGACGGAGAGACUAAAGCGAACACAGACCAAGCUACACUGAAGGAGUCACAGAGGUACAAAGACUGAAGAAACUCACCCAGAGCCACAGACAUUGAUCAAAAGAGAUACAUACAAAGACUAACGUAACCACAAACACACUAACAUAGCAACAGACACACAGGCUCACAGACGCACAGACAAACACACACACUGACGGAUUCACAGAGAUACAUAGACCUAACCUAAGACAGACUAAAAAAAAAACAGACACACAGAGCCAUAUACAAAGACUAACAUAGCAACAGACCCACAGACACACUAACAGACAGAGCCCCAAGGAUACAAAGACACACAAACACUGAGUCACACAGACACAGAAAGAAACAAACACUGACUAAAACAAACAUAAAAACAUCAACAGAACCCCAAACGCACACCUUCCUGACCUCCCUCCUCUACCAUCUCUGUGACCUGACCUGACCCUGACCUCUGACCUGGCAUGGAGGGUCGCGGCUCCCCCGUCGGCGUCUCCUACGUCAGGCUGGUCAGCAGGAGUGACCUGGUGUGGGCGGCCCUGGCUCUGGUGCUCUUCACCCCCCUGACCG